AUGAUAACACCAAAUGAGUUUCUUCAAUUUGCUAAUGAAAUGGGUCUUGGAAGAAUAAAAUCUACAUCACCAUCACCAUCACCAUUAAUAUCACAUAAUAAUAAUAAUAAUUGUACAACAACAGGUUUAUCUGUACUUAAUAAUUUAUGUCAUCUUAUUGAAGAAAUUCAUCAAUUAAAAACUGAAAAUAAUCGUUUACGUGCACAUCUUGAAUUAGUUAAUCAUGUUGAAUUAUUUCAACAACGUUUUGUAGUAAAUGAUACUAAUGAAAAUAAACAAGAAAAAAAUGAAUCAAUUAUCUCUUCACCAUCUAUUCAUGAUGAAGAAAAAUUCGAAGCAUUAUCACCAACAAGUUCAUUAAAAUCUAAAUCUUCGCCAUCAAUUCGAGAACGAAAAGGUAUACACUUUUUUAAUAAUCAAGAAGAUUCUUCAUUAAUAUCACAUAUUAAUCAUGAUCGAUCGGAACAGACCGAUUCUAAUAUUGGUUUAUCAUCUAUAUCAAAUAGACAAAAUUGGAGUAAAGUUCGACAUGUUUUUAAAUUUUCUCUUCUACGAAAAUACGGUUCACCUUCAAGUUCUCUUAUAACAAAUGUUGAAAGAAAUAUACCAGCAAUAAAUAUAUCUCUAGAAAGUGAGGAGGAUCAUUUACAAGAACAUAAACAUUCAUUGAAGAAGAAGAAAACUGUAACAACAACGAAUGAUAAUCGACAAAUGAUUAUGGGUGAUGAAACUGAUCAAGAAGAUGAAUCAACUCAAUUUAAUAGAUCAUAUCAUACGAGAAGACCUAAUGAAACUGACAGACUCAAUUCAUCAAGUCUUGAACGUCAGGAAAUACUAUCAACAAGUUCACCUUGUAAUGCUACAAAUAUUGAUGAUGAAGCUUUAUUAACACGUAAACCAUCAAAAAUCGCUCGUUAUCGACGUAAACUUCGUUCUAAACUUGAUACUGUUAAAAGACAAUUCAGUGAUCAAAAUUCAUCAUCAUCGUCACUACGUCUUUUUAAUACUUCACAUGUAUCAGUAUUUGAUGAUAUUGGUUCAGGAGUAAAUCGUGCGUUAUUAACCGCACAAUUAGCACCAGCUUUAACAAAAUCUUAUCAACAAAAAAUGCGUGAAUGGGAAUCAAUGCAAAAAAGUCGUUUUCUUGUAAACUACCGUCGACAAUCCAUAGUACCUAAAAUUGAUUUCAUUAAUAAUUCUCGAAAAGUUUCAAUAGCACCAAUAAUAAAGAAAAUAUCGCAAGAUCGAAUAACUUUACCAUCAACUAUUGAAACUUGUUCAUCAUUAAUUAAUGAAUUAAAUCUUGAAACUCAAACAAAUUCAAUAAUAUUAAGUCCUAUACUUUCACCUAAUCAACGAUCACUUAUUUUACAUCAAUGGCGUGAAAUUAUGUUAGAAGAAAUUUCACUUCGUCAUUAUAAUGAAUAUCUUCAGAAAAAAAUGAAUUUAUUAAAAGAACUUGAAACAAAUUUAAAAACAUUAAAAACAAAUAUUUUUUGUACUAAUUAUAAUACAAUUAAACAACAAUCAAAAAUAAAUAUUCAAGAUUAUGAUGCAUAUAAAAAAUCAUAUUUACCACAACGUUGUCGUUCAUUACAAUCAUUAGUAUCAAUGCCUGCUUCAUGGGUAUUAGCUGUACAAAGUGCUGCUUAUUCUGAUGUAUUAGAUGGUACAUCAAAGAAAACAAAUGAACGAGCAAUUUUAUUUAAUAAAGAUUUCUUUGAUCAACUUGAACAAUUUAAAAAAGAACGAUUUAAAUUUGAACAAGAUUCUGUAAAAGAAUUACAAUCAUUAAAUCCUUCAUUAACAAAUCAAAACCCAAUUACAAAUACAAUUCGCUCAACUAAACCUAGUGUUAAACUUAUUCGUACAUGUGGUUCUUUACUACCAUUACAAACAGUUAUACAAUCAAAAGAAGAAUCAACAUCAAUAAUAGAACCUAUUUCAACAACAACAAUAAAUGAAAUUGAUUCAAAUAAUAAAUUAUCAACAGAUAAUUUUAAUAAAGAAUCCAAACGUUCACGUUUUCAGUUAAAAGAAACUUUUCAACGUAAUAAAAGUAUGUGUGUCAAUCAUUUUCAAACAUGGUUUCAACGUCGUCAACAUCCACAUUCAUGUAAAAUAAGACGAAAAUCAAUUAUAAAAUCUAAAGAUGAAACAUCAUGUUUAACACCAAUAUUUCAUUCACCACGUUUAUUUCGUCUUCAUGAAAGAAUAUUUAAACAUCAAUCUCAACCUUUACAACAAAUUGUUCAUAUUUCAAAACCAUUAGAAACUCUUGAUGAUUCUGAUAAUCAAUCUCAAUAUGAAUUACCUGUUCGAAUUUAUUUUCCACCAUUAACAACUCCGAUACCUCGUCAUGUACGUAAUACUCAUAUUGAUAUAGUAAAAUCAACAAAUGAUAAUCAUGAUAUGAAUAUUGAACAAACAUUUAAUCAUUCAAUAACACCAAUUACAAAUCGAAAAGAUUCAUUCUCAUUUCAAUUAACAACAGCUAAAAAACGACGAGAAAGUUUUGUGACAUUAUCGAACAUUAUUAAUAGCCGAUGUUUAUAA